AUGUAUACUGCUCGCUGCACUGAUCCAGGUACACCUGGUGGUGGUACACAGAUCGUUGAUGGUUACGAGGGCGGUCAGUCUGUCUCGUAUACCUGUAAUCGGACUGGAUACACACCCCAUCCACCUGAAGCACUCUUCUGUAUUAUUAGUUCUAAUGGAACUGCUAACUGGAAUGGAACCAUGCCAAGGUGUAAAGAUACAACACCUCCACAGUUUACAAACUGUCCAACAAGUGAUAUAUCAAUCGACAGUUUGGAUGUUCCAGGCUUUGCUUUACCAGUCGCCCAGGACAAUUCUAAACUGGUGGUAUCAAUAAAUGUAACUCCUGAGAACUUUGAUCCGAAGAAGCCAGUCAAAAAUGCAACUACGGUGACCUACACGGCUACUGAUGGAGAAAACAACUCUGCUGACUGCGUAAUUCAGAUUAUACUUAAAAAUCGAGAAUUUCCAAAUCUUACUUGCCCUGAUUCCCUGAAGCUCGGCAUCAAUGAUACAGUAUCAAGGGAAGUAAAUCUUACCCAGUAUAUUACGUCUAACAGCCCUCUGAGUAACAUUCCAUCAGUGACGGUCAGCUUCUCUACGUAUGGACAGACAAAGAAUUACAGUGUGUCCUCCACCAAUGAUAUGAACAUGACAAGUUCAUGUGCUUUUCAAGUGGAAAUUGCUGGUAUGUUUGAGUAUAUUUAA